AUGACGAAGAUGAUUAAGCUCGUUUCCAGCGACGGAAAAGAGAUCGAGGUGGAGGAGGAGGUGGCCAUCCAAUCGAAGGUCAUCGAGGGCAUGCUCGGCGACUUUGACGGCGUCAUCCCGCUCGCCCCCGUCCACUCCAAGGUGUUGCGCCAGAUCCUCGAGUACUGCCGGAAGCACGCCGCCGCCAAUUCUUCUCCCUCGUCCUCUGCCGUCGCCGCCGCUGCCUCCUCCUCCGCCUCCUCCAUCUCCGCCGCCUCCUCCUCCGACAACUCCUUCUCCUCUUAUUGCAUCUCAUCGAAGCCCGUCUCAGACCCCGCGCUCAGUGCUUGGGAUAAAGAGUUCGUCAAGCUCGACCCAUCCUCCCUCUACGAUCUCUUCAUUGCUGCAAACUACCUGGACGUUAAAGGAUUGGUCGAUUUUAUCGCUGAAACCGUCGCCGACAUGAUCAAAGGGAAGGAACCGGAAGAGAUCCGCCGGUUGUUAGACAUCGAUAAUGAUUUCACUCCUGAAGAAGAAGAAGCCGUCCGCAGCAAGAACGCCUGGGCAUUCCAAUAA